UCUUGUCAGGGGAGGCAGUUUCAACUUAAACCCUAGUUGCUGUCAGUUGUAACUGGUAAGCUGAUAUUGCUGCUGAGCGCUCUCUCGUUCCUUGUUGUCACUGAAUCGUUUCGGCGUCUCGGCGUUGACGAUGUCAACUCCAUCGGAGCAGCCGGUUCCGACCUCCGGUGAAACCAUUAGCAAGAAUGCAUUGAAGCGGGAGCUCAAGAACAAGCAGAGAGAAGAGGAAAGGAAGCGCAAGGAGGAGGAGAAGGCUAAGAAGGCAGCGGAAAUGCAACGUGCCCAAUCUAACAAAGCUGCAUCCGCUGAUGAUGAGGAUAUGGACCCAACGCAAUACCUUGAGAAUCGGCUGAAGUAUCUUGCAGCUGAGAAGACUGAAGGAAAAAACCCUUAUCCGCACAAGUUUUUUGUCUCUAUGACUAUUAGCGAGUACAUUGAUAAAUAUGGGGGAAUGGGCAAUGGAGAGCAUCUUGAGGGCAACUCCGAGUCUUUGGCCGGACGCAUCAUGCAGAAACGGUCUUCAGGUGCAAAGCUAGUCUUUUAUGAUCUGUGUGGUGGUGGUUUCAAGGUCCAGGUUAUGGCUGAUGCAAGGAACUCUGACAUGGAUGAGGCUGAAUUUUCCAAGUUCCAUUCUAAUGUGAAGCGUGGUGAUAUUGUUGGAAUCACUGGUUUUCCAGGGAAAAGUAAGAAGGGGGAGCUAAGUAUUUUCCCCAAGACUUUUAUAUUGCUGUCCCAUUGUCUCCAUAUGAUGCCAAGGCAAAAAUCUGCAGCUGCUGCUGAUAAUGCAAAUGUAAAGAAACAUGUAUGGACACCUGGAAGUCCCAGGAAUCCUGAAGCCUACAUUUUAAAGGAUCAGGAAACUAGAUAUCGACUACGCCAUUUGGAUUUGAUGCUGAAUAACGAGGUUCGGGAAAUAUUCAAGACCAGGAGUAAAAUUAUUUCUUACAUUAGGAGGUUCCUCAAUGACCUUGAUUUCUUGGAGGUUGAAACACCAAUGAUGAACAUGAUUGCUGGUGGAGCAGCAGCACGUCCAUUUGUAACCCAUCACAAUGAACUUAACAUGAGAUUGUUCAUGCGAAUUGCACCUGAACUCUAUCUUAAGGAGCUAGUUGUUGGUGGUUUAGACCGUGUUUAUGAAAUUGGAAAGCAGUUUAGAAAUGAGGGAAUAGAUUUAACGCAUAACCCUGAGUUCACUACAUGUGAGUUCUAUAUGGCCUAUGCGGACUAUAAUGACGUGAUGGAGAUUACAGAGCAAAUGUUGAGUGGUAUGGUGAAGGAACUUACAAAUGGAAGCUAUAAAGUCAAAUACCAUGCAAAUGGGAUAGAUAAGGAUCCAAUUGAGAUUGACUUUACUCCACCUUUCAGAAGGAUUGACAUGAUAGAGGAGUUGGAGAAGAUGGCAGGCCUAAGUAUUCCCAAAGAUUUAUCUAGUGAGGAAGCUAAUAAAUAUCUGAGGGAUGCAUGUUUAAAGUUUGAAAUCAAAUGCCCUCCACCUGAAACAACAGCUCGUUUAUUGGACAAACUUGUGGGACAUUUCUUGGAGGAAACGUGUGUGAAUCCUGCAUUCAUCAUAAACCAUCCCGAGAUAAUGAGUCCUUUGGCAAAGUGGCACAGAUCAAAACCUGGCUUGACUGAACGUUUUGAAUUGUUUGUUAAUAAACAUGAACUAUGCAAUGCUUACACUGAAUUGAAUGAUCCAGUAGUACAACGCCAGAGAUUUGCUGAACAGCUCAAGGAUCGGCAAUCAGGUGAUGAUGAAGCAAUGGCCUUAGACGAGACAUUUUGCACUGCUUUGGAGUAUGGGCUGCCUCCAACUGGUGGUUGGGGUAUGGGCAUUGAUCGGCUGGCCAUGUUGCUUACUGAUUCACAGAAUAUUAAGGAGGUUCUUCUCUUCCCUGCCAUGAAACCUCAAGAUUGAACACUAAGUUUUGGCAUGUGUUUGGGAAUUAAAGGUGAAGAAUAUGAUGGGGACGGAAAUAGGAGAAAUGAAAAAUGAGCAAUUAGUAGUGAUGUUGGCUAUUAUUUAAAUUCUUCAUAUUCGGAGGCAGUCCGUAGUUUUUGAGAAUUUUUUCAAAUGCGCAACCUGUAAAACUAUAUUUGCCAUUUUGAAGUUUCAUUUUUUUAUACAGGCGUGUUCUAGUUAUGCUCAUGCUUGUUAACAUGUUAUAAUUUAGCCUUCCUGCGGAGGAAAAGAGGUCAUGUUUUUUUUAUAUUUGAAUAUAACAUAUGCAUGGUUUUCCUUUCA